AUGGAUUCGACACAUAAUUCUACGCACUUUUCCCACGGCAAUAAUACAAGUAAUGAUGACCUGUUGGACGGCAUCCACGACUUCACGGACACGACCGACUCACAGGCUGACCUCAGCCAAUGGUUCGCCUCGGAACUUUUCCAACAGAAUGGCCAAGACUUCGGCAAUGGGGUUCAGUCACAAUCACAUCCCCACCAACACCAGUCGCAACCACAAUCUCAACAAAGCCUGUAUCCGAAUCCCUCCAUGAGCCAGCAAAGCAUAGGUCGCUCUCAAAGCCCUGCUAUGCCUGCCUUCCACCAAUCACAGCAACAUGGCCAGUACCAACAUUACUCGCAACCACAAUAUGAUCCGCGCAUCUACGGCCAGAUGGAUCCCCGAAUCUUCCAGCAGCGGCCUUCAGCCUCGCCUACAUCUUUCGAUACCUACAGCUAUCUGAAUCAGUACGGCGGUCAGACACAGCAGAUGAAUGCGCAGGCUCGCUCUUCACAGCCAUCUGCGACACAAUAUGCUCCUCGCCCUCCAUCAUAUGGCCAGUAUCCCGGUUUCGACACGCGCAACCCCACGCUGCCGCAAAGUAUGGAUCCGGAGUUGGCAAGGUUCAGCAGCAUGCAGUACUCGGGUCAAGGCUCCAACCAGCAGUUUGUCAGUCCAUCCGCCCUUGACGGUACCCUAAACGGACAACAUUCGAAUGUACAGCCUCAGCAACCUCAGCGGCCACAGAGCAAUCUCUACUAUCCAACCCCUGGACAGGGCGUUGCCCAACUUCCGCAGCAAAUGCAGCAAUAUCAACACAAUUCACAAGGCACGAUGCAACCCACUCACAUGAACCCUCAAUACCCUGGCUCCGGCACUCAGUCAAUGCCACCGAACAAUUCUGGUCCUGUAUCAAAUCUUCCGAUGAAGAAGGCACGAGGGCGACCUCGUAAGGAUGCGUCUGGUACUCAGGCAGGCUCGGUCACCACCGACUCCGGCUCAGACCUUGACAUUGUGGACGAGCCGCCCGAGUCGCCGCCUGACUUGAUCACUGUCGCCCCACCGACGGACGCUCGUACUCGGGCCAUAUACGACGCAAUCAAAGCUGUGUGGCAGCCUCGGAACAAGCCUGCUCAGAUCGCACUCACAAAGGCCGGUAUCUCGCGAUUUGGAGAUGUAAUCCGAGGCUUGCGUGAUCAGUGGAAGACACGGAACGAUAAUUUGAAGAAGGCCGAAGCAGACCAAUCCCCAACAGCUGCGAAUGCCCCUGCGCUCCGAGCGGAGACUGCUCAGUAUCGUCAGACCACGGAGAUCCUGGUGAAUAAAACGGCUGCCUUCGGCCAUCAUGCAGUUCUCAAAAGUCUAGGCGAGAUACCUUAUACACUGUCUGCGCUGUACUCUUUCAUGCUGGACCGGGUCAGCGCAGCCGAUUAUGACAGUUCACUACUUCUGGCUAUCCUCAAGCUUGCCGACAGAUUCACCCUUGAUGAGGAAAAGCUUGAGACCUCAAAGUGGAACAAGCUUCUUCAGCGAGUAGCGAAAAAGGGUACUGGGGACAGCAAAACCUUGUCCGAGAAGAUACUCUCGAACGCGAAGAAGCAGACUGCCAAGAAAACUGAACCUGCCAAAGCAGAUAGUAGAAGCACUGGUGAUGUGGCGGCAGGCGUCAAACGACCCCUUGAAGCAUUACAGCAGGCUGAGAAGAAACGUGCUGAAGCCGCGGAAGCUGCCAAGAAAGCGAAGACCGCUGCGCCUACUGCUACUAGCGGUAUCCUUGUCACUCCAGCUGCUUCUAAGCCUAAAGCUCCAAUCAAGCCGACCAUCUCCCUCAUGUCUGCUUCGAAGAAGCCUGGGACUAGUAAUGCUGAGCGAGCCGCGCUUGCCAAGACUGGUACUGUGCCAGCUUUGCAGCAGGUGAAGCGCGAAGAUGUCAAGCGAGAGUCUCCACCAGCCUCAGUGAAUCCGGUUUCGAACAGUGCUAAAGGCACUUCCAUCUUUGAUAACCUCUUCUCUACGAUGGAGAAGAAGGAAGAAGUCAAGGUACAAGAAGAAGUGGAGAUCCCAGGCGAGACACUGGAGCAAAGAACGAAACGAUUACGAAAAGAAUCGAGAAGAAAACUUCGCGUGUCCUGGAAGGCCGACGAUGAUCUGGUCGAGACACGCAUAUUCACGCAUGAUCCAGACGAGGAGGUCGACCAGGGCGACAGUGCGAAGAAAGACGCAGGCGACACAGGCAAAGAAGGCGAGAUGCUCAAACGACACCAAGGAAUGGAAGAUCUCGAGGAUGAGGAAGACGAGGAAGACCCGGAGUACGAUCCAGACUGCUACACCUCGCCAACAGAGGUCGAUCUCAGCGAGCUUGCAUCCGAGGACAAUGAUCCUACCAUCAACGGGAUUAAGCACGGCGGUACGCUGGCUCCAGAGAGCAAAGCGAAGGAGGCACAAGCAACUUUCGAGAGAGACGUGCUGAUGAAGUUCUACUCCGAGUCUGAGCGUCCAGACUCGCCGAAAGAACCGCCUGAGGAUGGCGAUGACACCUUCACACCGAGUGACGAUUUUGGAGAGCCGGAAGACAAGGUGCGCAAGCGUGAGCGAGACAUCUAUGCUCGCCGGACAGCGCAAACCGCACAGCUCGACGGCGUCCCCGGCUACUUGCAGUCAUUCGGUAGCCAGGGGGUUCUCGCUCCGCCUCAGCCUCAACAAGCACCUGCGCCGCAAGUUGACAUUCAGUCGAUUAUUGCGCAGCUGAGACAGAACCAGGUCAACCCGGCGGCUCCAAUAAUCGCACCUCCUCUAGCCCAGCCGACGUUCACGCCUCAGCAAUUCGAUCAGACAUCGCUGCAGAAUAUCAUGGCCUCACUCAUGCAGCCCCAGGCGAGCAUGGUAGCUCCGCAGAUACCCGCAGCAUCGGCUGCCUUUGGUUUCGGUACUGGCGCCAAUGUAGCUGUGUCCGGCGGCGCCGUGGAUGACUAUGGCUCGGGGAAGCGGAGCAAAAAUGGAAACCGGAACGGCAACAAGGUGAAGGUUCCCCUGGACGAAAUUACUGGCCUGCCCCUGAAUUACAAAACCCGGACUUGCGAGUUCUGGGAGAAGAAUAUGUGUACGAAGGGUGAUAGCUGCACGUUCAAGCACUCUCGGUAG